AUGGAGUCGCCUUCGUCUGGCUUCGCGGGCCAGAAGCGCAAGGUUGCUGACAUGAGCUCCAGCGACGAUGAGGAGGGCCGUCCGGGCUUUCGGGGUUUUGCGAGAGCGUCGCGCCGUUCCGAGUCACCUCCCACCAUGGGAGGGUUGGGCAGUGCAACUCGCAAUCCCCGGGGCAGCAUGGCCAACACAACCGCCGCAGGACCACCCCGAGGCGGCCAAUCUGCUCGAGGUAGAAACGGUGUGGGAGGAGGAAACUCGUUCGCCGCGCGCAUGAUGGCCAAGAUGGGCUACAAGGAGGGCCAAGGUCUCGGAACCAGUGGCCAGGGUAUCAUCACUCCGAUCGAAGCGCAGGCGCGACCGCAGGGGGCUGGUCUGGGUGCAGUACGCGAGAAAACCAAGCAAGCUCGCGAGGAGGAGAAACGGGCGGCCCGGCACCGAGGCGAAGCGUUCGAAGACAGCUCAGACGAGGAACGACAGCGGCGGCGGAAGAAGAAGGAGGGGCGCAAGACGGAGAGUCGCAGUGGGACGGGCACACCGGUCGCACGCACAAAACCCCAGUUCCGUACCGCGCGCGAGAUGGAGGCAGAUAUGGAAGGUCUUGAGGUUCCGAACGUACUCAAAUCGUUGAUCGAUGCUACGGGCAAGGAACAGCGCGUUCUGACCUCGACGGCUGGGCUGAUGACGCCACAAGAAUUCGUCAGCCAGGAUGAAGGCGAAGCUAUGAAGAUUGCCCGACGAGCCCGGCACGACCUGGAGGCCUUUGCAGACGAGUGGAAAGGCUUGACUGAACGCAAGAAAUUCAUCGAACUCGAAGAGGCCCAGGUGGUAGAGGAAUUGGAUGCAUACCAAUCCCAGGUCAACCAUCUGACGGGAUUAAUCGCUGCGGUGGAAGAGCUGGACAUUUUUGACCAUGAUGAAAGCAUUGUAUCGAAAUUCGACGAGAUGACGGGCAAACUCGAAGCUCUUUACUCUACCUAUCAAGACGCUGUUGAUGCAUACCGGCUGCCAGAGACGGCGGUCGCCGCCAUACAUCCAUUAUUCCGACAAGCAAUGGAAGAAUGGGAGCCUCUCCAAGACCCGACAUUCCUCGUGUCCAACCUCACCCGGCUUCAGCCUCUUCUCUCUCGCAGGACCGAUGGUGAAGAGUCCCAACAGCGGCAUUCCACAUCCCCGUACGAAACAAUGAUCUACACGCUCUGGCUCCCACGGCUACGGUCUGCGCUCUUGAAUGACUGGGAUGUCUACGACCCGUCUGCUGCGACAUCCCUAGUGCUGGCGUGGAAGCCCGUAAUCCCGCUUUUUGUUUAUGCAAAUGUUCUGGAUCAACUGGUUGUUCCCAAGCUCAGUGGAGCGCUCAAGAACUGGAAGCCGCGGAGCAGUCGCCGGCACCCGUCCGAGCAUGAUGGGCAGUUCCCAUGGUGGCUGUUUACUUGGCUGCAAUACCUGGAUGAACGACAUACCAAUCCCAAACAGCCAACCGGUCUUAUGUCGGAUGCAAGGAGAAAGUUCCGAGUGGUGUUGGACUCAUGGAGCCUACGCAAGGGCUUGAUCAACGGCAUCGAGCUCUGGCGGGAUGCACUGGGCUCGGAGUUUGACGUGUGUCUGCGCAACCAUCUGCUCCCACGUCUGGCCCAUCACCUCCGCGAAGACUUCGUCGUGAACCCGCAGGACCAAGAUCUGACUGCUUUGGAAGACGUUCUCCGCUGGAAGGAGUUCUUCCAGCCCAACGUGAUGGGCCUGCUACUGGUCUCUGAGUUCUUCCCCAAGUGGCAUGAGAUUUUACACAUCUGGCUCACCAACGAUCCCAACUACGAAGAGGUCGGCACGUGGUUUUCUUGGUGGCGAACCCAAAUCCCGGAGAGUAUCAACGAGCUUACGAUCAUCGACGACGAGUGGAAGAAAGGCUUACAGACAAUGGAUCUCGCCUUGCAACUUGGUGAUCGCGCCGCGGCCGAACUGCCACCGCCGACCAUCACGACACGGCCAUCUCUCCCGACCCGGGAUGAAGCUGUUGCCGAUGCUGUGGCAGCUGCCAGCGAGCCGGCACCACGGCCCAAGGGCCAAGUCGCCGAAGAGAUUGCUUUCAAGGACAUUUUGGAAGGCUGGUGCUCCGAGCAAGGGCUUAUUAUGCUGCCUCUGCGUGAGGCACAUCCGCAAAACGGACAGCCUCUAUUCCGCAUCACCGCCAGUGCAACAGGUAAGGGCGGAGUCGUGGCCUUCCUGCAGGGCGACGUGGUCUGGGUGCAGAACAAGAAGGCCAAAGAUAUCUGGGAGCCGAUGGGACUGGAGGAUCGCCUGGUGGAGCGUGCGGAGGGCCGAUAG